AUAAAUCAUAAAAGAAUUUAUUUUUUGUUAAUGAAAAUUAGUUUAGGAGUAGAUCUGAUGGGCAAAUUUUAGAAUUUUCUUUUUAUUUUUUAAAAAUUUCCAUUUCCAUAUUUCGAAAUUCGUUUGUUCCUAAAUUGGUUUGCCAGAUUCUCCAAGAGCAGUACGUUCCCAUCACUCUUCCCUCUCUGCAAAUCCUCUCUUUCUCUCCCUAGGGUUUCUUUUUCUCUAAACCUUCAAAAUUUGUCCCUCAAUCCCUCAUCUUCCGGGUAUGGCCGGAAUUCGGUUGCAUCCGGAAGACAUCGACAUCUCACAGGCACGAGCCCUGUCAACCGCCGAUCUGAUCUCCGAUGACGACCGUUCUAUCGCGGCCGACUCUUGGUCCAUCAAGAGUGACUAUGGUAGUACCCUUGAUGACGAUCAACGUCAUGCCGAUGCAUCCGAAGCUCUAGCAGCGGCCAGAUUUUGUGCUGCCUCUGAUUAUAGCUCUGACAAGGAAGAAGCUGAUGCCGAAACAUUUACAUUUACAUCCAUGCUGGGGUAUCAAAGUUACUGGGAUGCAACAUAUGCAGAUGAAUUGACAAAUUUUCGUGAACAUGGGGAUGCUGGUGAAGUUUGGUUUGGGGCAGAUGUGAUGGAAAUGGUUGCUUCCUGGACAAAAGGACUAUGCAUUGACAUUUCACAAAGACAAUUACAAAAUCAUCAUAAUGAUCUUGAUGAUGACUCUGUCUCUGAGUCUGUUAGUCAAGAUUUAGCAGGAUGGAGUGUUGUUGAUGUUGGGACAGGCAAUGGGCUGCUUCUUCAAGAGCUUGCUAAACAAGGGUUCUCUGAUCUGACUGGAACAGAUUAUAGUGAAGGAGCAAUUAACCUUGCUCGAAGCCUUGCUAUUCGUGAUGGAUUUACUGGAAUCAAACUGUUAGUUGAUGAUGUUCUUGAAACAAAAUUGGAGAAAAAGUUUGAGUUAGUUAUGGAUAAGGGAACUUUAGAUGCUAUUGGUCUCCAUCAAGAUGGACCCAUUAAAAGGAUUAUGUAUUGGGAGUCUAUGUCAAGACUUGUAGCUCCUGGUGGACUAUUAGUGAUUACAUCGUGCAAUAAUACUAAAGAGGAAUUGGUGCAAGAAGUGGAGAAUUUUAAUCAAAGAAAGAUUGGGGAGAUGGAAGAAGAAGAAGAAGGAAGGGGGGGUUUAUUUUGGUGA